AUGCCAAUUAAACUUCGAGGGCGCACGAAGUACAAACCUUCUGAGGACUCAGGUCAAGGGGAAGGCAAUAAUCACCCAGACUGUGUAAAACCUCAAAAGUCAAAGACUCUACUCUGGCGGCUCUUUUCAUCUCGCCGUUCAGUAGAUAACACCUCACCGGCUAGUCAACCAGGCGAUAUCCCCUCUUGCGUCUAUGAAAGUGGCGUGAGUAUUCAUUUCCAUUCAUCGUUGGAUAAAUUGCGCAUUGUUUCUGAUUUGUACGCAAUUCUGGAGGAGGAAUAUCAGGAGUCCUUUGGUAUGACGGCGGAGCACAGCGAAUCGGUCCCCUCGAUUCUGCGUAAGAUCACGCCUCCACGCCUCAGCGAUCCACCGUCAGGCGGUGGGGCGACCCCAACGCGGCACUCGGCAUACGUGACAUCACGCGGUCACCGCUUUGCCACUGCCGCCGCCGCCGCCAUCUACAACGAGCCCUGUGACGCUCGGCGUGCAGGCAGCAGCAGUGGUGGGAGUGCCUCCACAUUCAAAAGGACAGCGCUGCGCAGGGCCAGUCUCGCCGCUAGCAUAUACUGCGAUACUGAACACCAUCGUCAGGACGUCUUUCAACCACCUUCCAGUCCACAGGGCUCCCCUGACAGUCUUCAACCAACCUCAUCCAACCACUUGUGGGAGGGCUCGGGCUCUGCUGGCUUCACUGUCACAAACGGAUGGAAGAACGGUGUCACCAGUCACAUGUCUCAACAUUGGAAAGAACAUGACUCCGGCUCUUCCAGCCUCUCGAACUCUCGCCGUGGAUCUUCAUCGAAAAAACAUCGCAAGUCACGUCGUGAGGGGAACUCUACCGAGGAGUCGCCGAAGCCCAUCAAAUCUCUGAUGCAAGUCUUCUGGCGUCGACACUCCUCCUCUUCUUCCAACAACCCAGAGAAAGUCGCUACUUCGCCACGCACUCGCACACUCUCGCCCAGUCAGUCGCCGUUGAGUCGCAAGACUAGUGCUCCAGCUGUGAGUUCAUUGGAGCAGGCGUUGAGAAUCGCCAGGGGCCAGGUAGAGGAUGAGGUCGGGGAGAUAAGAGAAAAAGGAGAGAGUGCAGCCUAUGACCUUACCAGCGAAGCACUUGCCUAUCAAUCACCACCACCCGGUAGGUUUCUACCCCGAAUUCCCGAACAUGGGGAGGGCAACUACUCGGCAACUCAGAUGGAACAACUGAAGGCCUCAGUUGUGCGACGCCCCAACAGUCGAUCGGAUCGCAGUUCAUUUAACUCUGCACCACCAGGAACAUACUGGCCUGAUGGGGGGACAACUUUACAGCCGGUGAUAUCACACCAGCCGCAACAACAACCUCAACCCCAGCACCACUCACCUGCCUUCGGUCUGGUCGAGCGAUUGCCCCGCAUUCCACCACUGAGUCGGCCCACCUCGUCAGUGUUUUUCGGGGGUGCACGAAGCCCGGUGACCAGUUUUUGCGCAUCCCCUGCUCGCACCGUCUCCCCCACCCCUUUCUUCCAUCGACCGCUGCCUCCACCACCACCCCUGGUCGAUAGACGCGGGGAUAAAAUGAGCAAGUCUUUUAACCUUGGCGGCAGUUCUGGCCCCAUGUGGCACGCGAUUCCGCCCAAAUCACCCACUGGGGAGAUUGAGGUGAUCGAUACUGCGGUUUAUAGCAAUGUCAAGAUUCCUCUCUUGCGAAUGGCCUCGCCACCAGCUGGGAGCGGUUCGUCAACGGGUCACUCGCCGUUGGCACACACCGGGGGAUCAAUGCGGGUGCAUUCACAGUCGCCUCCACCACCAACAACACAGCCGCAGUUAGUGGCACGGGAUAACCGGCAGCGUCAGCAGCAGGCACCCCUCGCUCACACCUCCUCCUCCCCCGGCCUCGAGCGGCGUCGCAACUUCAGCCCCCGCCAACUAACCACCGCUACUACUACUGCCGCUACAACUGCCGCCUCCUCUUCGCACAGUGCCUCUCCUACCCUUUCCAACAGCCCCAGUUUUUCAAAUCAUCCAGUGGUGCUGCAAGGCAAUACCCAGAUCAGCCACCACCCUGCCAGUCCUUUCGCACCGAUUGCCCGCACUACCUCCUGUGGCAGUCGCACCUCCCCGUCCGCUGCCUCUGCGGCCGCUGCGACAGCUUCGUCGUUGCGUAGCAACAGCGACGUUACCGCGCCCACCCGUCCCUGCGCUCAGUCCUACCACCGACCCGCAGUCUCACCUCCGCCCGAACACCAACGGGCUAUCUGUAGCCCCUGUGCCAGUGCCAGCAAUAGCUCUGCUGUUCGUCAGAUACCCGACGAUGGGGAAUCAGAUGGAGUUCAAUCAACGUCAGGGGGUCUACAGCCUUCGCGGCGUCGAAAGGAUCUUGCGGCGACCUACGAGGAGGCUUGGGAUGUAAAGAUGUCGCGCCGGCUGGGUGGUAUGGACGUGAGUCGACUAGCUGAGGCAUUGCCCAAUAGCAACUUCAAGCGCUACGAUCUUUUUCGCGCCUCUGAUCGGCCGCUGCGCUCCCCUGCCACCCCUGCUCCCGUGGUGCGCUCUCCUUCGCUCUCUCCUGUCCUUACCUCUACCGAGGGCAUUGUCAUGCGCCAGCCCCGACCUGCACCUCGAGCUAGCUUCAGAAACUCUUCCACCGAUACUGUCAUUAACCGUGAGACGAUGCCUUCUCCAUUUCGGCUCAAGCAGAAUCGGGUCGCCAGUCCGACGAUGAAUUUGUCAAUUUCUCCAAGCGUCAAGGAGGGCCCUGCCUCGCCCUCUGCUUCGGCGGCGCCCGUCACCGACUACGACUACGCGUACAAUCGCUCCUGGUCAAUGGGAGUUCAGUUGAACCUAUCACUCAAUCUGGCCUCCAACACGGACGGUUCUGCGGACCAGAGAGUGGGACCGAUGGCAGGCGAGGUGGGUGAGAAGCCGGUAUUGUCGAUUUCAGGCACCUCAUCGCCGCCACCACCGCCGCCCCAUCGAUCGGCUUCAAUAAUGACGCCCACUACGACACAGUUCAGUCCACCACAGUCACCCACGCCGAUGCGACGUCAGUGCGCGAUACCUCAUGUCACUGCCGAUGUCGGUGUCGGGAUGUCUCCACCGAGUUCGCGGGCCCGUGGUGUGCAUAAUCCUCUGGCCUCAGGAGUGCCAAUACCCCUCACACCCUCCUCGCCACCCUCAGAGGAGUCCUCUUCCACGAUGAGAGGCGAUACCUCCGGCGCUGCCUCCACCGCCGCUACAGUUGCUGUGCCUGGCCUCCUGCCGCAUAUGUCGCGCCUCCUUGCUGACUGGGACAACAUGUCCACGGACAGCUGUGAGGAACCAUGGGAUGUUCGACACGGCAAAGUCAUCUCUCAACUCACUAGCUCUCGUUUCAUCGACCCCUCGGAGGUACUCUCGGCGGUGGCCAACGGGAACCACAAUGGGGCAUCCACUGGCGCCAGUGGUGGGGGCGUCUCUAACGGGCACUCGGAGGGUCGGGUUGCCGCGGGGUUGGUGAUGGAUGGGGAGGGUGCAGUACCAAUGUCGCCUUCUUCGAAUAUCUCCCAGCCCAUCUCUUCCCCCUCGCCCCUCGCUCGCAGUCCCUCCGAUGUCAAGACGCAGAACUGCCUCAAACCUCUCAAUGAACAACCGUGGUUUCAUCCCAAUCUCACGCGGUUCGGAGCAGAGAAGCGGCUGCGAUCCGAGCCUGAGGGUAGUUUCCUGGUGCGCAACAGCGAAACUCUAAAGAAUGAGUACUCUCUCACGGUCAAACACAAUGGGUUCCUGCACAUGAGGAUUACGCGAGACGCGCAGGGCCAGUUUGUGCUAGGUGAGUACAGCCAGCCCUAUCCUAGCAUUCCACACAUGAUCUCCCACUACGAGCAGACCCAAGUGCCGGUGAAGGGUGCAGACUCGGUCACUCUCUGCCAUCCCCGUUGA